AUGGGGAGCUUCGUAUUCAAAUGGCCCCAUCCCGAGGCCAACGACGUCCACGUUACGGGCACCUUCGAUGACUGGGGAAAGAGUGUCCAAUUAGACAAAGUUGGAGACAUCUGGGAGAAAGAGGUGGAUUUGCCCACCGACAAGAAAAUCUUUUACAAGUUCGUCGUCAACGACCAGUGGAUCAUCGAUCCCGAGGCGCCGCAAGAGGACGAUGGCCGUGGGAACGUCAACAACGUGCUCCUCCCCGAACAGAUCAAGCCCAAGGCGUCCAUGGUGCCCGAAGCUGUGACCACGUCCAGCGUAGCUCCCGAGAGCACCACUGCAGCCUUGGCUGGCCAGGUGCCAUUAGAGCCGAAAGCAGAGGCCACCGAAGUCACACCUGCAUCUGAUUCCCACCUCAACCAAGUGACCACUGGAAGCAGUGUUCCCGGCACGUUCCCGGAGACUCCAGCCAAAGAGCCAGACUCGUACGGCGUCAGUCCCUUGCCGCCUACCAGUGGCGCAGGCAAUCCCGUCGACCUUCCUGCAGGCGAAAAGGUCCCUCCUCCCAGCGAAGUCACGGCAAAUACCACCCAUUCCGCCGUGACCACCUCGAAAGACGACUAUGAAAAUGCGGGCUCGAGCAUUCCAAUCAUUGGAGGAGCGCUUGCCGCGUUGGGUCUUGGUGGCGCCGUAGCCACAAAGGAGAACUUGAUUCCAGAGUCUUCUCUACCCAUGGGCGAGGGCGCCGGAACUUCACUCGACGCAGGUCCUUUCAUCAGUUCAGCUGGCGCUACGUCGACCACGGCCGAACUGGCGGGGAAAGUGCCUUUGGAAGAAAGCAAGCCGGCAACCGAGGUCGAUCCUGCGCAAGCCAUCACAUCUACGGUACCUGAGGUGGUCAAGGAAUCGAUUGCAGCGGCACAUACUGAUCCCGAGGCCACCGCUUCUGCCGAAGCUGUCAAAGAAAAGGCGGAGGUGGAAGAGGAGUUGGUAAAGAAAGUGCCGGAGGCUGAGGAAGCUGGAGAGCCCGCGCCGACAAUCGCAGCUGCCACAACUGAGACUGCACCGUCACCCACUGCUGUUCCAUCUGGUGGUCCUGCGCCUGGGACAUCCCCCGCGGCCGCGGCCGCUUUGGCUGACGGUGCAGAUGGAACGAUCGAGCCCACAGAAGCUCCAACACAUAAGGUGGAGCCAGAGAAGACGGAGGGUGACACCACUGAAUACGCUCCACCGCAUGCGCCGGGUGCUGCUCCUGGAGUGUCGGGGUCUGCAGCGGCGGCGAUCUCUGACGGUGCAGAAGAUCCUACUCUUGCCGACGAGCCUGCCGUACAAAUGAUGAACAAGAAUGAAGCUGAAGCGGCCGAAAAACCAGCGGCCCCCGCGACCGAACCCCCAACGGCCACCGCGCCCACGACGGCGGCACCAGAAUCCAAGAAGGAGGAAACCAAAGCAGCUGCACCCGCUGCACCUACGAGCGCGACCUCGACGCCGACCAAGAAAACAGAGACCACACCAACCACUACCCCAUCAUCCUCGGCGACCAAAGAGAAGAAGAAGAAACACCGAGUCAGCUCAUUCUUCAAGAAGAUCUUUGACUAG